AGCUCAAGUAGUCUUUGAAAAAAUGAGGGAAAUGUUACAUUUUCUUCCUGACCCAAGACCAUCACUUACAGUAAGUGGAUUUUUUUUUAAGUAGUAGAGCAUUAUUAAAUUUGUGUGCAAUUAAACUACACUGAUUAUCAUUCAAAGUAGCAAGUGUAUCUCAGCGAAGACUACCUCGAAAAUUCCCGUGAAAAUCCCAUGAGAUUAGCCGGUUUUUCUGCAAAUUUGUCCCUGAAAAACCCUGCAAAAUUUAACUUUUUUCUCUGCAACCUAUCGGAAGCUUUGCCUUAGUGCUGAGAAACAACAAUAAGUGGUUUAUGAUUUCCCUUAUUUAUUUUUAUUUUUUGCAAGUAGCUGUCGCUUAGCCAGACAGCAUUUUUUGCUGGUUUCUGGUGUUUCUGGAGAACUGAAAUGCGAUUUAUUUUAACUGAUAUAUUUUUACAUAACUUCAUUUAAAUAUAUGCUUUCAUAAAUCGUUUUUCUUUUUAUCAGGAGUACCUUCGGCAGACUGGACUUUCCUUACUCUUUCCAAGGGUCACAUCCUACUUAACAAAUCCAGAAAGGCCAGCUUUCCAGAGCCAUAAAUCUUCUAUAUGGAUGGUACUGGAAUUACUUUUCAUACUAAAGUUUGUUUUGCAAUAACAGUACACUGCAUGACUAAACCACCUUGCGCAGCAUAAUAAACAGAACCAUACAGAAGUAUUACUUAGUUAACUUUCAUUUGAAUGGUUUUACUUUAGGAUUUUUUUAUGAUAAAAUUUAUUUUUGUUGCAAUAAAAAUAUGUACAGUGAGCAAAAAAUAAUAAGUACAAUUUUGCCUAGAGACUGACUAUACAGCUCACUCAACCACCUUAUACAACAAGAUAAACAGUACCACAGAAAAAGUACUGCUUAGUAACUUUUACGUAGUAUUUCAUCUACUGACCCAAAAGUUAAAACCACCUUGUACAGCAUAAUAAACAGUACAGCAGGAAAGUACUGCUCAGUAGCUUUCAUUUGAAUGGUUACUCUUGAGGAUUUCAUCCACGGACUUGAAAGUUAGAACCACCUUGUACAGCAUAAUAAACAGUACCACAGGAAAGUACUGCCCAGUAACUUUCAUUUGAAUGGUCACACUUUAGGUUAGGUUUGGUCUUAAACAUUGAGGGUUCCUUAUAUCGAAGACCUUGAUUUAACAAAUUUUUUGGAAAACAAGCAAAAUGUUCGUUACAGCUAGGUAUGGUUAAUGAUCAAUUUCCAAAGCCCUGCAUUUCCGGUUUGGACAAUUUCUGUAAUUAAUAACAUUUGCAUAAGAAGCCAUUGUCUCAGUUCACAGCUGUACAUAGCUAUGGCACUAGAAACACAAGAAAGGCUAAAAAAAAACUGCUUAAACUACUGUACUCAUACAUUUUAUCCCUGUUGGUCUGUUUCGCAUUCAUCUUUAGCUAUCUUUCAAUUACAUGUUAAUAUUGAUUCGUUGCAAAGGUAUAUUUUACGUUUGCAUUUCUGGAUUGUGUUUCUUAUAAUGAGGAUUUUGUUAAAUCAAGGAUCAUUAUACCAAGGGUCUGUUCGAUACAUUUUAUUGUAAUUUUGGGCGGGCUGAAAAAAAUCGUUUGUUAUAUAGAGGUUCAUUAAAUCGAGGUUCCACUGUACUUUGAAAGUACAGACUCCUUGCUACCUUUAUAAAAAAUAGAAGAAAAAUAUAGAACCGAAAGAAAUCCCAACUGUUUGAUACCUCAUGAUCAUCUACUUGUUGUACUUGGGAACUUGAAAUAUCUUAGUGACAGCCCUGAUUGUGUGUCAAGGUACAACUUUUGUGUUUUCACGUUAUAGGUUAUUUCCAGCACCUUGGGAUGUUGAAUCAGCUUAUUACUCUGAGUCACCAGCUGAACAGUGAUGCAUUCAAUCUUACAAAUCACAAGUAGAAGAGAAGCAAAAAUCGCCCAGAAUUUUCUGUAGCUUAAGGCAGGCUAACAAUUUCUAGAUGACCAUCCCAUUCAUGAAACAUUUUUCAGAGUAUAUCUAAUAAAUUCCCUACUAUUUUCUAAAGAUAAUUAAUUUUUCGCAUAUUCUUUCACUCCCAGGACAAGCUAUUUUUUGUACAAAAAGAAAACCUAAAAUUUUCAGAUUCAAAAAUGCAAAUAUACAAAAAGGAAUCAGAAAAAUUCUUUCUUCCCUAAAACUUUAAACUGCAUCUAAAAUUUCGCGAAAACAAUACUGUAGCCCUUGUAAUUUCGAAAAGACUCAAGUUGCCCUAGGAUGACCAAACAGAUACAAAUUUUAUAGCACCGCUUAGAAUGCAUUUCUAGAGAUGUAAAAGUACUCUGGAUAGCCUAAAAGGUUUUUUCAAUGCAUUUAAGAGGAAACCGUUGUUGGGUGCCCCUGAUUUUACUCCCCUUAAUUCCCCUCCCUCUCUAUCAGUGCUCCAUUUUACAGGUAUUUAAACCUAUUUUUAAUAAUGCUAUACAGAAAGGAAAAAAGUCGAAGAAAGGAUUUCCUCACCUGGGAAUUAAACUCAAAACCUCCCGCACAGAAAUCCUUGCUCCAUUGAAAACAGAACAAGCAGUUUAUGUGGUCAUGCCGAGAUCAACUUGUUUUCAUAGCAGAGCAAACUUAGUUAACUGAUUCAUCCUUACAGGAUCAACUGUAACAUUUGAAAUUUCAACCACAUUACACCAUUUGUAGUUUUUUUGGCAAAUUGUGUAGUGCUCUAUGUGACUUUAGCACUUUUAUCUCAACAGCAAUCUGUGCAUCAAGCAGGUCCCCCUUUAGCAGACUACAAGAAAAAUAUUGAAUCAAAUUUCAAGAGUUUGAAAGCUGGCUUAGCUCCAAAGGACAAAGAAUCAGUUCCAAAACUUCCCCAAAACCAGAAAGAGUGGUAAGAAUCAAAAUAAUUUUGUCCAUUGUAGAUUAUAAUGAAUGUGAUAUUUAAUUUGUCACUAGUUAUGAUAACUGGGUUUGAGCCAGCUCUUAGGCCAGGAGAACACUGUGUUCAUUAGGCAUCAGAGAUUGGAGAAUUCUAUGCACUAUGCAAAAUUCUCUUGCAAAUGUUUGAUAGCAGUAUGAGUAUUUUUAUAUUCAGGUGUGAAGUCUGUAAUUUCUGUAAUGUUACACCUUUCUCCUGCUACUAGAAUAAUGAUAAUUAUUCUUAGUCUUUUCAAGGCCAACAAUAAAUUUUGGUAACAAACACAACUGUUUUGAUGCCCAUCAAUGAUGAAAAUAUAAUUUUUUAUACUAAUUUUUUAAUUCAAAAAGCAGUUAUAGCAUCAGGAAACAUAAUUCAACGCUGCAAAAAAUCCCAAAGAGAGCAAAGUUGAGAAUCUUGGCUGGAAGGAAGCAGACUAUACAAUAUUCGAGGGACAAAAAAAUGUAGCCAUCCUAUAAUCUUGUGCGAAACAACUGAGUAAAAAGUGCUUCUUAAGAAACGCAGUUAACAAACUUGCAUUGCCUAAGCCUCAGACAGAGUAUCUGAAGUGCAGCUUUUCAUACAGUGUAUAGCGGUGCUGCCUUAAUUGUGGAAUCCUCUGCCACUAGACCUUAGGGAAUGUGACUCCCUGGGAGUUUAAAAUAAUCAGGGGCACCCAACAAGAAAAUAGUUCAAAACCACUUAAACAUAGCAUUGUUAGACGUAUUUAAAUAUUUCAACGGUAGAUAUAGGCAUAUUUUUAUCCCCUAAAAAUUUUUCAUCUGUUUGGAUUUCCUAGCUGAAUGAUGUCUAGUGAUCCGAAAAUUAUAGGGAUCAAAACUUAACUUUUCAAUAAUUUCAGCCAGAAAAAAGGCUCCUGAAAAUUAAAAAUGGGCAAUUAUACCAUUUUUUAGAUGUUCAAAAAUCCUAGGAGAGGCAGGCAAGCAAGAAAUUUUACGAAAAUGUUCCAAAAUUUCUGGAUCUCAAAUCAUCUUCCGAAGAGAUAUUUUUCGAAAAUUGCCGUUGGGUGUCCCUGGAUAAUAAACUCAAAACUUACUCUUCUUCCUUAUUAGGCUCCCAAACAGCAAUCAUGUGAAUGAGUUAGAUUUUAAUAGAUUACGUUUAUUUAGUAGUAUAGUUUUUUAACUGAUGAUUUUUCAUGUAUAAAUAAGUUUAAAAAAAACAUCCAUCCUUAAUUCACUCUAAUAUUUUGUACUGUGUCUUCCUAUAGGGUCAAUAGCAUCACAGCCAAUAUCCUGGAUGGUGUUCAGUCCAUGCCUCCAAGUCUCACUCAGCCUAUGAUCUCUGCUAUGACGUUUGUAGAACAGCAGCGUUAGCUAGGAGAUUAAUGUUAAUGAUAUAUUCCUUCUACUCUGAGAGUCAAUGCAACAUUGCAUGAUGACAUCCUUUUACUACUGCAACCACAAUUCUUCAUGCAAAUGGCCUUUUUAUCCUUCAAGCCCCAAAUAUCAACAUGUGUACUCUCCUCAUUGUUUUCAAUAUGUUUUUUAUUGUACUUCUUGAGAGAAUUAGCUCAAGCAUCAAGACAUUUCCUAAUCAUCAGUGCUGAUCAUUCUGUUCAUUCUCCUGACCUGUACAUUUGAUUUAGUGGCAGUGAUAUUGUUAGGAAAAGUUUUAUACAUGUAAGUAUUGGGGCUUAAAGUGUGUCAGAGUAAGGCCAUAAAUGACUCUUAAUGCACUGUUAAAUCCCCCUUGUUUCACAAGAGAAUAUAAGGCAAUUAAGAAGGAGAAUCUGGCAGUUUAUCAAAAGUUACUAAUACUGUGGAACCUCGAUAUAAUGAGCCUCUAUAUUUCAAAGUCCUCGGUAUAGCGCGUGAUUAUCUUUACCCCAGUAAAAGUCAAAUGACUUGUAUGGAAAAGAACCUCAAUGUAAGGAACAUAAUAUUUUGCCAGUCCCUUGCCCCUUCAUAAUAUCUAGGUUCCCCUGUAUCUUUUUUCCAAGAUCCUGUUUAAUUAUGUGGACGUACACAAACGUCAAACUUUUGAUUCAGAGCCAAAAGAUUUUGUGUGACCUUUUAGAUGAAAGCCCUUGCACCGUCCUGUCUUCUAGGGCCCAUCUCUUGAAAGUUCCGGUUAAUGUGUUGUCUUGUGUUUUAGCCCUUUAAGUCCUAAUGAUAAUAAUAAUAAUAAUGAUUUGGAGGUAGCACAUCCACAAAGUGGUUCUUCGUCUACCUGAUUCCUGAUCGAAUUAGAAUUUGAAAAUGUUGGUUUUUGAGGAGAGGGGAAAGCCGAAGUACCCGGAGAAAAACCUCUCGGAGCAAGGGAGAGAACCAACAACAAACUCAACCCACAUAUGGCGUUCACGCCACGAUUUGAACCUGGGCCACUUUGGUGGGAGGUGAACGCUCUCACCACUGUGUCAUCCCUUGCUCCCUGUAAUAACAGUGACCAGCAGCCAAUUUCUCCUAACAACAAUACUGCCUGAUUAAACGUACCAUUCAUGAGAAUGAAGGAAAUGAUCAUCACCAAUGAUGGAACGUCUUGAUGUUUGAACAAACUCUCUCAACUAGUACCAUAAGGAAUGUAUGAAGAACAGUGUGGAGAAUCUGAAUAUGCAUAUUUGAUAUUCGAAUUGGGGCUUAUAUCAAGGGCAAAGUACUGUCAGAAUCAAGAAUAUUUUCCGUCUAAAGACUAUUCAUGCAAACCGAGCAAACAGCAUUGUGCCUAAGGCCUUUAAACACUUAAGCACUAACAUUAAAACUUGACAACUUUCACCAAAAAUUUUCCGCAGUGUAGCUGGCCAACCUUUUGUGUAUUUUCUUGCGAUAAUGAAUUGUUUUAAGCACCGUAGUGAAACUACCAAAUGUUAAAAUGUUCUCUAAGUGAUAAAAAUGUUAAUAAUGUAUUGUGUGCAUAUAUCGAGGUAAGACUGUCAGUAAUGUAAUCAUAGUAUUUAUAGCAUAGUUUGGUCACACAGAAACGUUUUGAUGGGAGCAGAUACAUGAUAAACUAAAUUUGACCUUAAAAUGUUAAUAAGUUAAUACACAAGUACCGUUCAUAAGUAAUGAGGUUUGUAAACAUGCAAUAGACUGUGUAUUUAAGAUCAUAGUUAAUGGUGAAAAGAUAAAUCUUUGGACUUAUUUAUUUUAGCCUAGUGUAAUUUGUGUAGUAAAGAAUCAAAGAACUUGAAAUAAAAGGUUAUGCCAAC